AUGGAUGGACACUGCAACUUGCUUUCAGCCUUUCAGACGUUUUGCAGCCCACGUGAUGCCAACAAAGAUGCCACGAGCCCCAUGCAGGAGUACGACCGUCGGGUCGACGAGGGGAUAUUACGAAACGAUGAACAUCAGCGAGGAAUAAUACAGAGCCUCCAACAUCUCCACGAUGAGCUACGAGACUAUGAAGCCCCGGCAGUAAAACACCCGUCCCUCGAGGCCCUCAAAGCCCCGGCGCAAAAGUCGCUCUUCGGCAGCUUCUUUGGCAGCAAAGGACCAAAAAAAGCGGCGAUAGGGGAUAUCCCCGCGAACCUCCCGCGCGGCUUGUAUCUUUAUGGCGACGUGGGUUCGGGCAAGACGAUGUUGAUGGACCUGUUUUACGACACUCUGCCGCCGAGUGUCAAGUCCAAGACGCGCAUUCACUUUCACAACUUCAUGCAGGACGUGCACAAGCGCAUGCACAAGAUGAAGAUGCAGCACGGCAACGACUUGGAUGCGGUCCCCUUGAUAGCGGCCGAUAUUGCCGAGCAAGGCAACGUGCUGUGCUUCGACGAGUUCCAGUGCACCGACGUCGCCGACGCCAUGAUAUUGCGCCGCCUACUCGAGGCCCUCAUGUCGCAUGGCGUCGUGCUCGUUACCACUAGUAACCGUCACCCGGACGAUCUGUACAAGAACGGAGUUCAGCGCGAAAGCUUUAUACCUGCCAUCGAGUUGCUCAAGAGCAGGUUGCACGUCAUCAACCUCGACUCGCCAACCGACUACCGCAAGAUUCCGCGCCCGCCAUCCGGCGUGUACCAUACCCCGCUCGACAAACACGCGCAGUCGCACGCCGAGAAGUGGUUUGCCUUCUUGGGGGAUGCCUCGGACCCGGGCCACCCGGAGACCCAGACGGUGUGGGGAAGGAAGAUCCAUGUGCCGCGGGUCAGCGGCCGGUGCGCGUGCUUCACGUUCGACGAGCUGAUCGGCCGACCGACUGGUGCAGCCGACUACAUCGAACUGGUUCGGAGCUACGACGCUUUCGUUGUCACCGACGUACCUGGCAUGACGUAUCGACAGCGCGACUUGGCCAGGCGCUUCAUCACCUUUAUCGAUGCCGUGUACGAGUCGCACGCCAAGCUUGUCCUGACUACGGCCGCGCCCCUGGGCGAGCUCUUCGUGUCGAGGGAGGAGAUGAGGGAGUCGCUCGCCGCGACCCGGAAGAAGGACGCCGGCAGGGAGGAACCCGACGAUGGCGACGUUGAGGGCGCAAUGGGACACAUGAUGGAGGACUUGGACUCCAACGUUGACAAGCUCAGGAACUCCAACUUGUUCUCGGGAGACGAGGAGGCAUUUGCAUUUGCGCGCGCGCUGUCUCGACUCAGCCAUAUGGGCAGCAAGGAGUGGGUCGAGAGGGGAAUGGGGCUGGAGAGUGCAGGUGGGAAGAAGGAGAAGGACGACUGGGCCAAGGUGCGGAGCAAGCAGAUGGAGGACAGCAUGUGA